AUGACCUCUCACAGCACCGAAACACCUGAACAGCUCCCGGACAAGCCAAUUGACCCCCGCCAGCUGGACUGGGACGGUCCUCUUGACACCGACAACCCACACAACUGGCCCACCUGGCGAAAAUGGUUCACCACGAUGUCCGCAGCGGUGUUGUGUCUAGUGGUGACAAUGGGUUCGUCGCUGUACGUGAACGGUGUGCCACGUAUGGUGCUCGAGUACGGCUACGAUCAAACGCUGGCGAUUUCCGGGCUCACCUUCUAUCUGCUCGGACUUUCCACGGUCAUUGGAGCUCCACUGUCCGAGGUUUUUGGGCGGAAAAUCAUCUACAUCGUUUCUUUGCCCGUUUCGAUGCUGUUCACAAUGGGAGUGGCACUUUCCGGCGGCCAUCUGCGUGUGGUGCUGCCCGUGCGGUUCUUUUCGGGUGUUUUCGCUUCGCCUGCACUUUCAGUGGCUUCCGGUACCAUCAUGGAUAUAUGGGACCAGGACGAAGUCUCCGUGGCCAUGUCGUUUUUCUGUCUGGCACCCUUCUUGGGUCCUAUCAUUAGCCCCAUCAUUGCGGGUUUUGCUACCGAAAAGGAAGGCUGGAGAUGGGCCACUUACAUCCAGCUUUUCGCCGGUGGGUUGAUCCUGCCCUUCUUGGUGUUGAUGCCCGAGACCCACAAGGGCGUCAUUCUCAUAAAGAGAGCCCGUAAGCGGAAAGUCAAUCUCAUCGAACCGUCAGCCCAGGCCAAGAAGGACUUCCUCAAACUGACCCUGACCAUCACCGUUUUCAGACCCAUCAAAAUGCUGGUAGUGGAGCCCACGGUGCUGUUCUUCUCGAUCUACGUUGCUUUCAUUUUUGCAGUUUUGUUUGCCUUUUUCGAAGCCUAUCCUGUCAUUUUCCGCGGUGUUUACCACAUGAGCACCGGAGUGGCCGGUUUGGCGUUCAUCGGAAUCGGUAUCGGAUUGUGGUUGGGCUCGUUGUUCUACAUUCUCUAUGAUCGCCGUUACUUCUUCCCAAAAGCGCCCGCCGGCACGCCUCCUUUGGUCUCCAGCUCUUCCAAACGUACCAGGCCCCUCAGAGGCCAUAGAGAUCCUGAAACUGGCGAGCUUAUGGUGCUCAAACCAGAAAAGCUGCUUGAUAUUUGCAAAAUCGGCUCAAUAGCGCUUCCAAUUAGUCUUUUCUGGCUUGGGUGGACCGGACGUGCGAGUGUUCAUUGGAUGGCCCCAAUGGCAGCAGGCGUGCCAUUUGGAUUCGGUCUGAUUCUGAUUUUCUUCAGUGUCAUCAUGUAUUUCUCAACCUGCUAUCCACCACUAUUCGUGGCCUCGGCAUUAGCUGCCAACAACUUACUGCGGUACGUCACUAGCUGUGUCUUCCCGCUGUUCACAAUUCAGAUGUACGAAAAGCUGAAGAUAAGUUGGGCCAGCUCAUUAUUCGGCUUCAUUUGCAUUGCCAUGAUUCCAAUACCGUGGAUCUUUGCCAGAUACGGUGAGACCAUGCGUCACAACUCGACUUUUGGAUUCAACGCAUUGAAGCAAGAAGCUGACGAUGACAAGAACUCUGAAAAUGCUGUUUCUACGCUUCAUGACUCCCAAGAAGCCCUCAAUGACAAGAACAGAUCUGCAAAUCGUGAUCCUGAACCGGCAAAUGACACUCGUUCAUCGCACACCCGUACUUCCACCGCAGAGACUGCUGCUUCCCACCAAGUUUCAAAAUACUCUCUUGUUUAA